AUGCCUUUCGCACAACUAGUCAUCGGUCCGCCAGGUGCGGGCAAGUCGACGUACUGCGAUGGCAUGCAUCAGUUCCUCACGGCCAUCGAUCGCAAAUGCGCCGUCGUCAACCUCGACCCUGCCAACGACAAAACUUCGUACCCAUGCGCCCUCGACAUCCGGGACCUGGUCUCGCUGGAGGAAGUCAUGGAACAGGAAGAGCUUGGUCCUAAUGGUGGUGUCAUGUACGCUCUCGAGGAGCUGCAAGAGAACUUUGACUGGCUCCAAGAAGGCUUGAAAGAACUCAACGACUCAUAUAUCCUCUUCGACUGUCCUGGCCAGGUCGAACUAUUUACACAUCACAAUACAAUGCCCAAAUUGUUCCACCGUCUCGAGAAGAUUGGUUACAGACUGAUUGUUGUUCAUCUCCUCGAUUCUCUCACCCUCUCACGUCCUACCUUGUAUGUCUCCUCGUUACUGCUAUGCCUUCGCAGCAUGCUCCAUCUUCCAUUCCCUCUGGUCAACGUCUUGACCAAGAUCGACAAUCUCGCAAAGAACUCUGAGCCUCUGCCAUUCAAUUUAGACUAUUACACCGAAGUUCAAGACCUCGACUACCUAUUACCACAUCUCGAGGCCGAACAGAACAACACUUCUUCAAAAUUUACAGCCCUCAACGAAGCCCUCAUCCAACUGAUUGGCGACUUUGGCCUUGUCGCUUUUGAGACUCUCGCCGUUGAGGACAAGGUCUCUAUGACAAACUUGCUGCACGCUAUUGACCGUGCUAGUGGCUAUGUUUUUGGCACAGACAAGGGCACAAAUGACUCGGUCUGGCAAGUUGCCAUGCAAGAAGGCUGGGGUGGAAAGAUCGAUGUCAGAGACGUCCAAGAACGUUGGAUCGACAGACGUGAUGAGUUUGACGAGAUGGAAAGGCAGCAGAUCGAGGACCAAAAAGCAGAAGAAGCUCGCCAAGCAGGCCAGCCCGAAGUCAGACGUGUGCCUGCACAAGAACCUUCAUCAGGACAAGAUACGCAGGUGUCUGGCGAUGAUCUCGACGAUGAUGAAGAUCUAGAGGCGAUGCAGGCUGCCUUCCUCAACAAACAAUCGACCGGCAAUGACAAUGGCAUCAGAAUCAUCAGGAAAAACUAA